AUGACCGCCGCCGAGUACAUCGUCGUGAGCGUCAUCGCCAUCGUGCUGCUGCUGCUCAUUGGCAUCUGCGUCCGCCAGCGUCGAGCCGGCGCGACCACGAAGGACCGGGCGCUCGCCGCCUCGCUCGUGAGCUCGUCGCCGCUCUUUUGCGGCCACUCGCGCCGAUCGCUCAUGGAUCUUGGGCUGCCCGCGCCGUCCCUAUCGCUCUCCACUGUGGGCGGCCUGCGCGGCGAGGCGUCGUCACAGAAUGACACGGCGCUCUCGUCGUCGGACGCGACCGAGUACGCACCGCCGGUCGACACCAAGGCGACGCCGAUGGAUCCCGCCCUGCGCACGUUCAACGACGAUUUCUUCGUGCUCUCGCAGCGCGGGGGCCAGAACGGGCUCCCGCUCCUCGAAUCGACGCGCGGUGACGCGCCACCUCGACACAUCUCGGUCGUGGAGAGCAUCGACGAACACCAUGACGACAAUGAUGACGAGAACGAUCGGCCGAGCGCGCUCUGGCACAGCUUCCUCGAAGAAGGUAGGUCACUCUCGGUGUUUAGCGGCGGGUUCUCCGAUAUGGACGACGACGACGACGAUCUCAACAACUCGUUCUUGCAGCCGCAGCGUUACACCGAGUCGAUUGCUGACGACGAAGACGACGACGACGAGCUCAACCUCCAUGGUGUCCUCGUCGACGCGGCCAGCGUCGUCUCGACGACCAAGGUCGACUUGUAG